AUGGUUUUUGAAGAACCAGAGAAAGAGAUUCGUCCAGAAGACGAACAUGAUACAGAAAAAUUUGAGAUUUCCAUCAACUUCGCCCAAAAUGGAAAAGUAUGGACAAGAAAUGAAAUAGAAGAUGAUGAUGGAAUAUUCUCUUUUUCUGUAUACAAAGAGAUCGAUCAUGAAAGUGAUGAUCCAGAUCCAGAAACAAUAUCAGAGUGUCUGAAAAGACCUGAUUGGGAGAAAUGGAAAAUGGCCAUCCAAGCUGAAUUACUCUCCCUCAAUAAAAGAAGUGUUUUUGGACCUAUUGUCACAACUCCUGAGAAUACAAAACCCGUCGGGCACAAAUGGGUUUUUGUAAGAAAAAGAAAUGAGAAAAAUGAGGUCACAAGAUAUAAAGCCCGACUUGUGGCUCAAGGUUUUUCUCAAAGACCGGGAAUUGAUUAUGAAGAAACAUAUUCCCCAGUAAUGGAUGCCAUAACAUUCAGAUUUUUGAUGAGCUUAGCAGCGUCUCAAAAUCUUGAAAUGUAUCUCAUGGAUGUUGUGACAGCAUAUCUAUAUGGAUCUCUUGAAAAUGAGAUAUAUAUGAAAAUCCCAGAAGGAUUAAAAAUGCCUGAGGAUUUGAAAUCAAAGGCUAAGGAGAUCUGUUCGGUCAGAUUACAGCGAUCACUUUAUGGACUAAAACAGUCCGGACGCAUGUGGUAUAAUCGCUUAAGUGAAUAUUUGUUGAGUAAAGAUUACGUCAACAAUGCGAUAUGCCCUUGCGUAUUCAUUAAGAAAUCCUCUCAGGAUUUGUGA